GGUCACAGAAGAGGGCAGCGCCUUGGCCGACGCGUUGGAGUCAGUGGAGACAUUUCGCAAUGCCAUUGGCGCUGUCGCUGGUGGAGUGUACGGCAAAGUGGCCGAAAGGCGGCAAGGCAAAGAUGGAAAAGGCAAAGAUGGAAAAGGCAAGGAUGGCAAGGGGCCCAAGGGCAAAGGAGGAAAAGGUAAUGGCAAGGGCGAUCCCGCCAUGAAUGGCUUGCAGCUUACAUGGAAGACGCCGGAUGGGCGUGACAAAGGCUUCGUGUGGAACAGCCAGGCCAGCGGUGCCCGGGAAAGUGCAACAGAGUGCACUGCUGCAGAGUCAAAGGGUGCCAUGCAGAUCAUCCAGCCAUCAAGCGCAAAGACUUGA